AGACGAGGAAAAUCAUGAGAACACGAGCGACCAUAGUUUUCCUGAUUUUCUUUGCAAUGAUCUCGACGUUCACUGAAGGAAAAAGUUGUGUAUGCAAUGGAAAGUCAAGAUGCCACUGUAAAGGAGUAAAAGGCAACAGGGGAGAGAAAGGUUUUCCAGGAGAUCCGGGUCUUCCAGGAUCAGAGGGGCACCCAGGAUCCUUGGGUCAACCUGGGCCAACAGGACCAAAGGGCAAUACUGGGUCUGAUGGACCAGUGGGAUCAAAAGGCGAUCCGGGACCAGAUGGCAAGGAGGGAUUUGCUGGAUCUCAUGGCUUACCAGGUGUUCCUGGUUUACAGGGGCCCCUGGGGCCCCCAGGUUAUACAGGCUGCAAUGGAACAGAUGGAGACCCUGGACGUCCCGGUGUUGAAGGAAAUCCUGGUAUUGAUGGAAAUCCAGGACCGCCAGGUCAGCCUGGUCCUAAGGGAUCUCCUGGUAAUACUGGAGCUCCUGGUACCAAGGGCCAGGAAGGAGCUCCAGGAACUCGAGGACCAAAGGGUUUCCAAGGCCCCCCAGGCCCACCUGGGCCUCCAGGCAGGACUAAGGACUUUUUUACUGGCACCCUGUCAAUAACGGACUUAAAAGGAGACAGAGGCGAUGCAGGAGACAAAGGAUGCAAAGGCGAACCUGGAGAUCCUGGGAGCCUCUACCACACAAAGGGGCAAAAGGGAGAUAGAGGAAACCCAGGCCCAGAAGGAAAGCCAGGAAAGGACGGUGAAGCUGGAAAUCUUGGAUUCAGGGGAAGACCGGGACACAGAGGAGAGCCAGGACAUCCAGGCCCACUAGGAAGAAUGGGUGAAAAGGGAAACAGGGGUCCAUCUGGUCCACCUGGAGAUAUACUUACGCUCGAACCACUCCAUGGAUACAUUGGAGAUCCUGGCCCUCCAGGUCUCCCUGGGUUACCUGGGACCCGAGGUAGAGGAAUAUAACUAGCUGACAAAUCAGCAAGUACAAAAGAGACAUCUAAAAAGACAUCUGUCCAUUUUGCUAUUUUAUCUAGUCRAUCCCAUCCAUUCAUUGUGCAUAAUGACAGAUUAUGUAUAAGCAAUGUUGUUUCUGCACUGGAAUGGAGUUUAAAGCUACAA